CAAUAAUUUUCAAUAAUUUUUCACGAGUCCAAUAGUAUUUUUCUAUAAAGGAUAAUUGUAUGUUAUAUUAAAUAACUUGCAUAUCUUAAUGAAAAUCUCAAUGGAGAUAUAAUUCUGCAAAAUUACAGCACCAUUCUGAUAUUUAUAAAUUUAAUCUUACGGUAGUCAAACUUUUUUAAGCGACGUCAAACGACGAUAUAAAUCUUAUGGGCGCAAGACUACGGGUAUAAAAAUAAAAAACAAUUAUUUAAAUUGCAUUUCUUAUAAGUUAUAAGAUUUUCCAAAUCUUAAUAAUAAAUACGAUAAUUAGAUCCAUAGGAUGUAUUAGUACAUAGCAUACUUAGCAGAUGUACUUAAUUAGGCAAGUUUGUUUUUUAAUAUUAUUAUAUGUAAGUCUAUUUAAAUUUAUUCGUUACGUUAGAAAAACAGUUAUAAUAAAAAAUUGCGUAUACAAUAUCGAUUAUGUAAUAUAUUCGCACACACACACACACACACACACACACACGCGCGCGCGCGCGUGGGCGCAUACACGCACACGCUCCGUGCCGCGUUUAUUUAUGAUUCAUAUUGAAUUUUUACUUAGAAUAUCUUGAGUAUAGAAUGGUUAUCAGAUACUCUAUCGGUGAUACCAAGCAAUUUAAAUGGACAGUCACAUAAAAAUCGAGUAUGUUAGAAAUAACAAGAUUUAUACAUGUAACAGAAUAUACUAUAUUAGAUAUGCAAAAAAAAUACAACCAAUAAUAUUAGCGCAGCGUUCAACUAAUUAUGCAUUUUUUUGCACUAUACUUUUUGCUAUUUAUAAUGCUUGUCUUGUAAAGAGCCGUUUGGACUUUGAUGUUUGUUACGCGAUCGUGAAUACGCAAAUGAAAUAUUCUUGAAACGCAAUCUAUAAAAAGCAAUUGUUCUUAAUAUAUUCAACAUUCAAAGUCAUUAAAAACCUCACACAUUUUCCUUUAAAAAUUAGUAUAUAAUCAACGCGUACGCAACAGUGAUAUUCUGUGAUAUGUUAUUAAUUUUUAUAAAAUAGCAAAAAAUGGCAAAAAAUAUUUUAGCUAUCAAUCGGUUAACAACUAGUCGGAACAACUAGUCAAAGCCAAUCAGAGCAACGAUGUCACUACCAAUUCAAUAUGUCAGUAUAGAAGAAGAGUGCAAACGGAAUCCGGAACUCAAGAUGUCAGAUUUGCAAAUGUUAAAGGAUUGGAUGGACAAGCAACCUCAUCUACCACAAAUAGAGAUGUUGUAUCUUGUUAUGUUUCUCCACAGCAACUAUUACCGCAUAGAACCAACUAAGAAAACAAUAGAUAAUUUUUUUACAAUUAGAACACUCUUGCCGGAAAUAUUUUCCAACAGAGAUCCAAUCGCAUGGAAAGAAUUACGAAAGGCCUUCUCUGUCGUUGCAGCCGUGCCAUUAGAACAAAAAACCAAGGAUGGCUAUAUUAUGACAUUUGCUAAAUUUCUCGAUACAAAUCCGAAUAAGUUUAACUACUUAGAGUGCACUAAAUAUUUGCUUAUGACAUGUGAGGUGCAAAAUGUAAUGCAUGGCACCAGCGAGGGACAAAUUGUUAUUCUUGAUGCAGUUGGUUUAUCUUUUAGCCAUAUUGCUAAUAUUAAUAUAAUGACAUUGAAAAAGAUUUUAUUCUAUAUACAAGAAGCUGCUCCAGUUCGAUUGAAGGCUUUACACAUAUUAAACACUAUGCCUAUAGUAGAUACACUAUUGAAUCUGGCAAAACCAUUUAUAAAGAAGGAAUUAAUGAAUAUUUUACAUUUUCAUUCAAGCAUGGAAACUGUAAAAAAAUUUUUGCCUAUAGAAGGUUUGCCAAACGAGUACGGUGGAAAAGCGGGACCUAUUAAAGAAAUAGUUGUUAGACACAUCAAAUUACUAGAGGAAUUUCGUGAUUGGUUUCAGUAUGAUGAAGCUGUGGGACGAGUGAACGAAUCUUUGCGAGUUGGCAAAUGUAAAAGUGCGGAAAGUUUAUUUGGUGUAGAUGGUAGCUUUAAAAAAUUGGAGUUAGAUAUUCAAAGAACGAUGGCUUCGAUAAAACUAGUAUCGUUUGAAGAGGAACUAAAGAAGAAUCCUGAAUUAAAAGAGGCAGAUAUACAAAUGUUGAGAGAAUGGAGCGAAAAGCAGCCUCACCUACCUAAACUAUCGGACAGUGAAUUAGCAUUAUUUUUACAUAGCAAUUACUAUAGACUCGAACCGACGAAAACUUCUAUCGACACUUUCUUUACAGUCAGAAGUCACGUACCCGAGUUCUUUUGCAAUCGAGACUUUAAUAAUAAAGAACUUAAAAAAUCAACUGAAACAGUUACAGAUCAAAUUUUGGAAGGAACUACUAAAGAGGGUUAUAAAAUUAUUUAUGGGAGACUCCUGGAUAGCGAUGCAUCGCAUUUCGUUUACAAUGACGCUAUGAAAUUCCUAAAUAUGGUAAUUGAUCUAUGGCUCUAUACGGAAGGCACUUGCGAGGGCCAUAUAAUAUUAUUUGACAUGAAAAACGUUUCUUUUGGCCACGUUGGUCGUUUGAGUCCUAUGGGCCUAAAGAAAUUUCUUUACUACCUACAAGAAGGAUUACCUGUUAGAUUAAAGGGCUUCCAUUUCAUGAAUGCUUCUCCGGUAUUAGAUGUCAUUUUGAAUAUGAUGAGACCUUUUAUGAAAAAGCAGCUAUUAGAUAUGCUUCAUAUGCACACCACAACUGAUACUCUGGAGAAAUUUAUACCUCUCGAGGUUCUUCCAAAUGAAGCAGGUGGUCAAGCCGGUCCUUUACAGGAGUUACAUAAAAAACAAGUAAAAAAACUAGAAGAUCACGUUGCUUGGUUUCAAGAGGAAGAAGCUACUAAACGCGUCAAUGAAUCGCUACGACCGGGCAAGGCAAAGACAGCAACAGAUUUGUUUGGUGUUGAAGGAAGCUUUAAAAAACUUGAAAUUGAUUGAUCGAAUAAUUAGAUCUUUUGCAUAUCAAUAUAUCAGCAUAUUUGAUUUUAUGUUUAAAACAUAAUAACAGUUUUUGAAAAUAAAAAUAAUCUAUUUUUAUUACUUUAUUUCACGUUUAUUAACUAAGUAUUGAGUCAAUCUUAAUAGUAUUAAAUACAAUGUAGUAUAAUAAUAUAAUAUAGUAAUAACUAUGUUAAAACAGUUGAUUAGUCAUUAGUUUAAGUACGUAAAAGAUAGAUACAUCAGAAUUAUAUGUACGAGUCACAGAAAUUUAGUUAUAUUAAUUCUGAAUACUUUAUAUUUAAGGAUAAUUAGUUUUCUUAUCUGCGUUUCUUUAUAUAUGUAUAUGUAUGCAAUAUUUUUCGCUGUAAUAAAAUUUAAUUAUUAAUUCUAAUAUCUAGUAAUAGAUUGCGGAAAUAAAAUUAUUUUAUUAUAUUAAUUUCGACAAAGAUUAUUGAAUUUAAGUUAAGAAAUAAGUGUUGUUUUUUUUUUAAAUCGUUUUAACACCUUCUCCUUACAUACAAUAUUUUAAUAAAAUGUAAAACAAACGUUGCUGUAUUUUAUCCAACAAAUAAAUGAUAAAGGUUA